AUGUCCUGUGCCGGCAUCGCCUCCGCCGGUGGUGGUUCUUCCCCCUCCCCCACCACACCACCACCAGUGGUUUUGCCCCCACCGCCGCCGUCGUCGCCAGAAUGCCCACCGCCACCCAAGCCCCCAUGUCCUAACGGUUGCUACUCCGACUCGCCGCCAUCAUCAGGGUCGCCUUCGCCGCCCAAUUCAGGAACACAACCGUUCCCGCUGGCGCCGCCAAACCAGAUUGUUCCUUAUUUUCCUUACUAUUAUUACGCUCCACCGGGCACCGCCACUCAUUCUAACUCUGUCCAUUUGAAAAUGCAGCAGCCAUUUGUUUCCUCCACUGUUCUCUUCAUUAUUACUUUUCUCUGCUUCUUCUAG